AUGUCCAGGUCCUACGAUCGCGCGCUCACCGUCUUCUCGCCUGAUGGACAUCUCUUCCAGGUCGAGUAUGCCCUCGAGGCCGUGAGGCGAGGCACUGCUGCUGUCGGCGUUCGCGGCAAGUCGUGUGUCGUCCUCGGUGUCGAGAAGAAGUCGGCCCUCCAGCUCCAGGACCCUCGUACUGUGCGCAAGGUCGCCAUGCUCGAUGACCACAUCUGCGUCGCCUUUGCCGGUCUCACCGCCGACGGCCGUAUCCUGAUCGACAAGGCGCGCGUCGAGUGCCAGUCCCACCGCCUCACUGUCGAGGACCCCGUCACCGUCGAGUACAUUACCAAGCACGUUGCGGGCAUCCAGCAAAAGUACACCCAGUCUGGUGGUGUGCGCCCGUUCGGUAUCUCGACCCUCAUCGUCGGCUUUGACCCCAACGACACUGUGCCGCACCUGUUCAUGACCGAGCCCUCGGGAAUCUACUCGGCCUGGAAGGCGUGCGCCAUUGGCCGUGCGUCCAAGACCGUCCGCGAGUUCCUGGAGAAGAACUACACCGAGAACCUCGACCGCGAGCUCACCAUCAAGCUCGCCGUCAAGUCGCUGCUCGAGGUCGUCCAGACCGGCGCGAAGAACAUUGAGAUUUCGGUCAUGGAGAGCUACGGCGUCGUGAGGAGCCUUGAGCAGACGGAGAUUGAGGCGAUCGUCUCGCAGAUCGAGUCGGAGAAGGAGGCCGAGGCGGAGCGUAAACGCGCGCGUCUGGCAGCCACCCAGGCCGGCCAGGCGUCCAUGUUUGCCAGCGCCCUGUCGGCGGCUGGUACCGGCGCGGCCACCCCGUCUCAGGCCGACGCCAGCGGGGCUACUGGCGAGGGGAGCGAUGUGCAGUAG